AUGGCAGAAGAUACCAGACGACAACUUCUCAAGAAAGCCAGUAACGAUAUAAUCAGUAGCUUGCCUAAUGUGAUUCUUGGUCAUAUACUUUCCUUUCUUCCUACAAAAGAGGCUGUGCGUACAUGCAUUUUGUCCAAAAGUUGGAGAAACCUUUGGAGAUCUCUUCCCAAUUUUGAUUUUGGGGAUUGCAUUGACAAACGAUUUGCAGAAAGGCAGAUGGCCACCUUUCAGGGUUUCAUGAAUAGGUUCUUUCUUUUCCAUAACCCUCGUGAAAACUCUAUUACGAAAUUUCGUCUCAGAUUAACUGGAAACUAUCGUCCUUCUAGUGUGACUGCAUGGAUUUCUGCAGCAAUUAUAGGCAAUAUUGAGGAGCUUAUGCUUCGGCUAUAUGCUGAUGAUCAUGUCUCGUUGCCUCAGAGCGUUUUUAAUUGUGAGAAAUUACUGGUUUUGAACCUUAGUUAUCGAAUUGCUAUUGAUCUUCCUGGGGUCGGUAUACGCUUUCCAUGUCUCAAGGUCCUUCAUCUUAAAGAUCUCCAGAUGCUUGAUGAUCAUGCUAGCAUAGAGACGCUAUUAGCAGGUUGCCCUGUCCUUGAAGAAGUGCAAAUCGAACUUGAAGAUUGCAAAUCCAGGCACGCUUUACUUAUACCUUCAAGGUCAAUGAAACGUUUGAUCAUAAGAUUCACACAUAUUGCUUAUUACGAGAAGGAUCCUGGUCGUAGAACACUUACUCUUGAUACCCCAAACCUCGAGCUUCUUAAACUAACUGAUCUCGUGUCUGAGGAGUUAAAAAUGUUGCAGCUUCCUUGUUCACUAGUAGAGGCAGCUAUUAGUGUUGCUUAUACACACGUCUUCACCUUAACAAGAUAUGGUUAUGCAGAUAUGGCAGUUCAGUUUUUGAGACCGAUCAUGCCUAUUGUCAAGAUUUUAUGCUUGUGUGAAACUACCAUGAGAACGUUAUCAGACGCAGUUCGUAAGAAGUUGCCUUUUUUCGACAAUCUCAUCCCUACUUUUCAGAAUCUAACUCGUUUGGAGAUUGAAGCUAGUGGAAAUAGUCUGUGGUUGGUUUUGCAAGAGAUACUCAAAUGCUCUCCUAAGCUGGAAGUCUUCAUCUUAAACAAGAAGGACAAGGAUGAGGAAACUCCGAAAUGGCGAAACCCCGAAUCAGUGCCCUGGUGCUUGUGGUCAUGCCUUAAGGUGGUUGAGUGCAUAGAAUUUGAAGGGGAGUUAGGAGAGAUAGAAAUGGUGGAAUAUUUCUUAAAGAAUGCAUUGGUCUUGGAGAAGAUGGCUAUCAGUUUUGGGAGUUGCAUGAUUCAUAAUCUAAGAGGACUUGUUGUCAAGAGGUUGGAAAUGUGUCAAAAGGGCUCCGAAGCAUGUCGAAUUUCAUUUUCACCUUGA